ACACCACUCUAGGAACCCUAAGGACUGACCCUCUCCACCACUUGCACCUACUACCUGGGGCUCAGCCCUACGGUGACUGACACCAGGGGUCAGCACCAAGCCUCUUUACUCACCACCAGUCCAGAAGUCUAGUGAGCCAGCUGGGCACUGUAGUGGGAAUGUUCCCAUUCAUGGAGUACUCCCAGAGCACAGAUCAUAGAAGCAGAAUGUCCCUAGGGGAACGCAGGAGCCUUAACUCCUGGACCCCCACCAAGCAGUUACAGUCUGUCCUGCGCAAGAUAGGUGAACUCUUGGCCAGGAUGCCUCAAAGCAGGCAAAAAUAAGUUGAAAGAAAAAAAUCAAACAUCUGGGGUGUGAAGAUGCUGGCAUCACUUUGACCAAAUCCAAAAAGGUCUGCCUAGAAGAGGGCCCAAACUAGACUCUAAAGAACGUGGUCCAUAGGUGGAAUAGAGUUGUGGAUUCUAGGAACAGUGAGAAUCCACAGGAUAAAACUAAGCAGAUGUGAGGGCUAGGGCUGCAGGCUGAACCCCAGACCUCCUAAGAAAAGAGGCAGGAGUGUAAGCAGUGGCCAGAGUUGAAGAGCUAGAGUGGGUGAUGGAGGAGGGAAUAACCUGGAGAAAUGUUGGAGCCCAGCCUCUGGUAAGUGAGGUGACAGAAGCCGUCCCAGAGUUUGAAACGAAAACUGGGACAAGGGAUACAGAAGGCGUCUAUGGGGGUGGCAUGGAGCUGAGGCAUUCCCGAACAGAAGCAGACUCUCCUCAGGCUCGCCCUCACCCUUCCUGGCCGGCCUGGUCUAGCCCCAGCCUCUGGCGGAAGGGCCCUGGUAAUUACAGCCUGUCUGUGUCUGUGCCCACAUCCGCACACCCAGCACCAACCGCAUGUUUCCUCCUCUCAGUGAGCAAGAGCCUAGGGAAGUGGCAGAGAGUGAAUAUGGUAUAGUCCUGGAUUGAGGGAUCUUGGGAAAGACCGAGAUUCCUUUGACUCCAGACCCUCUCCAGCGAUUGGGGAAGGGACUUCAGAGAUCCCCAUCCUUGCAUACCCUUCUCCCUUUGGGUCUUCCUUCCCUAGUGCUAACAGUCCCUGGGUUCCCCUAGUGAAAGGCCCAGGGAAGCAGGGAAUGCUGAUUUUCCUUCCACACCUCCCCAUCUCCUGGUCUGCACCCUCUCCCUUGCUCCUCUCCUUCAGCUGACAGCCUCAUCACUUGUCCUGCUCCAGACCUUUGACCUCCUGGUGUUAUUUGUAAUUUGUGGACAAAGACAUGGUAAAAGAAUGCUCCUCAGGGUGGAAUGCUUCAGGAAGCCAGAGGGAAGACCUGAGGGUAGAGUUCACUGGGAAGGGCUGUGUGUCCUGAGCCUGAAAUAAGUUUCUCUAGGUGCUGGGUGUAUGCUCUAGAAGGUGCAAAGGGUAAUGCUACUUUUGUCAGCCACAGAGAAGCCCCAGGUUGGUGGGAAGAGGGGACUUAGCCUUGUACAGGCAACAUGGGAAACUCAGAAGGUCCCACCCAGGAGAGGUGGGGAGAGGGUGGGGAACUGGGGAGCAGUCACUCAAGUUUAUUUGCACCAAGCCCUAUGGAAAAAGAAACAAAGCCACCUCACAUCCUAUCAGGACAGAGACAACACUAUCCAAAGUGCCCAGUACUGGGGCGUGGGACUCCUGUCAAAGCUCUCAGUGCAGAGGAGGGAGGUGUCUCAGCAUGAGAUGGAGAUCAGGCUGGGAAUCUGAAAUAACAGCACAUACUAGCAUUGAGUCCUUAAGAAUCUGGGACUGAACCAAGCUCCAGACCCUGCUGGGAGGGGAGAGGGACCCCUAGCCACACUGCCUGAGGUUGUGGGAGCACCAGAUAGUUGGGCAACCUGCUGAGUGCCAGAUCCUUUUUCAUGUGUAGUGAGCCCUCAAAACAAGGCUGUGCCAUGGGCAUCAUAAUCCCAAUUCACAGGUUUGGAAGCAGUUUCAUAGGAAUUAGGAGACUAGCCCAGUAUCUACACAGAGGCAGAUUUAAACCUGGAUUGGUUCAGUUCCAAAUUUCACCCUUGCCCCUUGCCCCACUAUUCCACAGACUCUCCCGUGGAGGAGAGCCAACAUUUCUCAGGUUAUUCCCUCCUUCACUUCUUACUAGUGGGACAAGAGAGAUAGUGGUUCAAGGUGAAACCCAGCUGGCUCCUGUGACCCAAAGCACAGUCAAUGGUAAUGGUCAAUAAUCCUUCCUGGGGUCUGCAGCCCCCGUCUCACUCUUAUAUGGUAUCAUAGAAAUUAAUCCAACCACCUAAGUGGGUUUUCCAGAUACAUGAGGCUCACCCCUUUACAAUAUAAAACUUUUAAAACUCAUUUUGUAAGGAAAUCAUUCUAAACCAUCUUCAGCACAUCUGCAAUAGAACACACAUUUUUCCAGAUGGCUGAGGAUCAUUCAUAGAAACCAAUGGCUUCUCUAUAACAAUGUUUUCAGAAGCUGUAACAGUGUCAGGGAAGCUGUUCGCCUUUUUGCCAAAAUGCUCUUAGACGACUUUUUAAAUGCUUAUGACACCUUUAAAGUGUUUUGUGGUGUUGUUGCCCUUGCUACUGGGUGAUCAGGGGUCACUUGCUACUCUAAUGUUCUGUAAUUUCCUGUAAUGAGUAUAGGAACACAUAGACACAUACUGAAAUUGUAAAUAAGGACAAGGGAAGCUGUGAUUGAAGCCUGGAGAGUCUAUCCAAUGAGUAAAGUAUGUAAGUACUGUAGUUGCUCAGGGGUCCCUUCUGAUCCCCCUAGACCCCAAACGUUGCCCCGUAGUAGAUCUCCGGUCAGUGAAGUGUUACUGCACAUUAGUCCAUGAUUACUAUUUGUCUCUUCCAUUGGAGGAGUCCCCUGAAGAUUACAAUACAGACUGUUCCAAAUAAUAGAAGACAGUUGGAAUAUUUAAGACAAAGAAGGCAGCAAGGCAGAUGAAAAACAGUCUUUGGCAUUGGAAGAACCAGGGUGGGAAUCCUGGUGUCCCCAUUUUCCAGCUGAUGGUUGAUUUGGGGACAGGCUACCCCCCUACCACUCUAAGCCUUCAGGUCAUGAGAAUGACAGGAGAUAAUGCAGGAAGCUGCUUCACACAGCACCUGGCAAACAUGGGGUGAGGAGGAGCCAGAAAAUCAGAAGGUAUGUUUGGGUGCUUGCAGCGUUGGGAAGAAAGAUAAGAACUGAUCUGAAGGGAAAGGGCCUUUCCACACGAAAAAGGAUCUGGCACUCAGGGAAAAGGAAGCUGGCAGAAAAGGAGCAGUAAAGGAGAGGUGCCAUGCUGGCUUCCCACAAAGACGCAGACAUCAUCGUGUAGUCCAGGAGGCCUGGUGGUGCCCUGGAGAGUGUGGAGAGGGGGCUGACACUUGGGACUGGGAACUUCUAGAGGGCUAAGCUCUGUGUACUAACACCAGGUUGGUGGGCCUGGCAGGGAGGGAGAGAAGGGGAGCCCACAUGGUUCGCAUCCACCUAAACGUAGUGACAGAAUGAAGCUGCCCAAACAAGGCAGCCAUCUCCCCUUCCUUAGCGCCCCCAUCUGCCUAGGGGCCCAGCUGGGAAGUGGCUACUCUGGUGUGUCUUAACCCAGAAGGGGUGGUAUGGGAAAGGAGAGGGUGAUGGGGAAGCUUGGUGCCAGGGUGACCGGUGUCUCUUGGUUUCUGCCUCCAGACCCUCCAUUUAGCCACUGAGCAGCCACUCUGACCUGGACACUGGGCUGGAAGGCUGAGAGUACACAAAUGACGCACAGUCCUGGUUCCUGGACUCCCAGUCCCUGGGUCCUUGCCUCCGGCCAUCCUCCACUCCCUUACCCACUGACCCCUCAGCCCACUUCUCUGAAUGCCUGUCUCUUUUGCUCCUCUGACUCCAGUCUGUUCAGGUCUUAGCCAGACUCCGCAGUGUGUGUGCUCCCAGAGGGAAGCCACACAAAGGAAAGGGGGGGGGGGGGGGCAGAAAGGAGGGAAUCCCGCUGACAUCACUGCUCAUUAGCAUGUGUGACCUCAUCAGGGGGCGGGACAACUUCCCCAGGUGUUGGGGGGGGAAUGGGGGUGGUAUUUAAGGGAAAAGCUGACAGUGCUGCUGAGUGAGGGAGCGGGGACUGCAAGCGGCUGGGCUGCACACGCACGCGGAUGCACACGGACCUCGACACGGACAUGGACACAGACACAGAAACCACAGCACUCUGCCCCUCCGGCAGCCACCAGGCCUCCCCCCCUGGGACGCCCAUACCAGAAACAGAUGCCACACUGCUGAAGAAGCCAGAGAAGCUGUUGGCAGGGUUGGACCGGGGUGGGCCACCACCGGCCCCAGGGGCACCCAGACGAAGAGGCAGUAUGCCUGUUCCCUACAAGCACCAGCUGCGGCGUGCCCAAGCUAUAGAUGAACUUGACUGGCCACCUCAAGCCUCAUCCUCUGGCUCCUCUGACUCCUUGGGCUCGGGGGAGGCAGCCCCCACCGAACAAGAUGGCAUCUUCAAGGUCAUGCUGGUAGGGGAGAGCGGCGUGGGCAAGAGCACCCUAGCAGGCACUUUCGGCGGUCUCCAGGGAGAUAGUGCUCAUGAGCCAGAGAACCCAGCAGAGGAUACCUAUGAAAGACGCAUCAUGGUGGAUAAGGAGGAAGUGACUCUAAUUGUUUAUGACAUCUGGGAACAGGGGGACGCAGGGGGGUGGCUGCGGGACCACUGCCUUCAGACCGGGGAUGCCUUUCUCAUCGUCUUCUCAGUCACCGACCGACGAAGCUUCUCCAAAGUUCCAGAGACCCUACUUCGGCUCCGGGCUGAGAGGCCCCACCACGACCUCCCUGUCAUCCUCGUUGGAAACAAGAGCGACCUAGCCCGCUCGCGGGAGGUCUCACUGGAGGAGGGCCGCCACCUGGCAGGGACACUGAGCUGCAAGCACAUCGAGACGUCGGCGGCGCUGCACCACAACACGCGGGAGCUCUUCGAGGGCGCGGUGCGCCAGAUCCGGCUGCGGCGGGGCCGGAGCCGUGCUGGGGGCCCGCGGCCCGAGUGGGGCAGCCCCGACGGCCCCGCGCCGCCCGCGCGCCGCGAGAGCCUCACCAAGAAGGCCAAGCGCUUCCUUGCCAACCUGGUGCCGCGCAACGCCAAGUUCUUCAAGCAGCGCUCCAGGUCGUGUCACGACCUCUCCGUGCUCUGAGCCGCGGUCGUCAUGGCCACCGCGGUCGUCAUGGUCACCGCGCCCUCAGCUCACCCCUUCACCCCGCCCCGCCCCCGUCCGGCUUCCUUUGUGAAGACCGUCUAGGAAACCAAAAAGUCCGAGGGCGCGCGGGUGUGGCCGCGGGGGGCGGGCCCCCUGCCCCCAGCCCCUGGUGGGCGUCGCCCCCAGCCCUGCCACCACGCGCGUGCCCUGGCUACCUCCCCGCCCAAGAGCGCCUAGAAGGCCAGGACGCAGACCUGCGGGCGGGCACGCUGCGGUCGGCGAGCGAGGCGGCUUCUGGCGGGCAGGAGGAGAUACAGUUCCGUGAGCUACUUUGACUUUUAUUAAGUCGCGCUUGACCACCUCUCCUGUAAAGAGACCCUAAAAGUGAGAACUGGAAAAGUGCUUGGUAGACCCCUUUACAGUUCUCUGCGCGAACACGCCUCAUCUUUAAGACAUCCUUAAAGGUAAAAACACUGGAGACGCUUCAUUGAGACUUUUCCCAAAACGUGCUGGCUCUUAUCUGCUGCACUUGUCCACUUUGCCUUUAAGAAGUUCUUAAAGGCAAAGGCCUGGAAGUGCCAUUUUUCAGAAUCGAUUCUGUGAUUUACCACUACAUCAUGGCACUUCCCUUUUAAGGUUAUUAAAGGUAAGGUUUGGACAGACUCUUGCCUUCAGAUGCCAUUGUUAAGAGCUGAGCAGGCAGCACCCUGGGCCCAGGAGGCCCCAGCAAAAGAGCCACCCUUCCCUUUUCAAUAAAGAACUUUUCUACUA